AUGUCUGACAACUGCGGGUUCGUCCGCCUCGAUUCUUUUUUCCAGGCUCCUGCUGACCGUCUCAUCCUCUCCAGUGCCCUCCCUGGCUUCCCCAGCCCUUCUCCCAUCACCCACACCACUACUACCAGUGACGCCAACAACGCCCUCGGCGCCCAGCUGUUUGACAAUAGCGGUCUCUUCGCCACCUCCCUCAUUUCUUCUCCCAUCACCUAUAACGCUACCAACACCCACAGCGACGACAACGCCCUCGGUCUCCACGUCUCUACCGUCACCCCAUCUCCCAGGAGCAGUGGCGACAAGGCCAAGCCCAAGGCGAGGUCUUCCGCGCAUGCCACCAGCGCUAACAAUAUCAAGGCGAGCGGCAAGGAGAAGAAGAAGCACGCCGAGGGCUACAAGCGUAAGAGCCUGUCUUGUGAGCACUGCAGACAGAGACGAAAGGAGUGCGACGGGACCGAUUUCAACGCCUGCACCCGCUGUACCUGGGAUGGCAGCGAGUGCACAUACGUCCUCGCCAAGGGAAAGCGAGGCUCCCAGAAGGCUUUGAAGAAGCUCGCCGCUAUGGGACGUACCCCUUCCGCCGACGGCAUCAUCAUCGGUACUCCCUCAACCUCAUCUCUUGCCUCGUCUUCCGGCAUGUCUUCUAUGAGCCCUAUCACCCCGACCACCCCGGCCAGGUCCUUCGUCGAGCUCAGCUCCUGUCCCUCUCCUGCCAGCGUCUCUGCCGGCCACACUUCUGGCUACGCCACUCCCCAUAUCUUCAUGCCCUUCGUCCCGCCCACCCAGACUCCUCUUCCUGUUGGCGCCAACGGCAUGAUGAAGGACCACCGCGUUGUCGAGAUGCAACAGGCGUUGUUCGACACCCACUUCGAUUCAUGCUGCUCGGUCCUUGCUGCUGCUCCUGCCAGCGAGUCUGCAGCUCCUUACCACCCUCCUACUCCGCGUACGACCCCAGUCAAGCCUACAUACGUGCGACCUGUCGACGUCUCCCCCGUCCAGGCUCCACACUUCUCACUCAACAACACCUCGGUACUUUAUACUCUUCCCCCCGUGGUCGCCUCUCAGCCCCAGAUCCCUGCUGUCACGGGCCAAGGUCUUUCUGAGAGCGAGAGACUUGCGUUUGACGAGCUGGUCAUGGACUUGGAUCUGGGUGAUAAUAUCUUCUCCGCUCCCGCCGAGGAUUUCUGCAGCGCCGCUACCGUUGCUGCUCUCCCCACUCCAGACACUACCCCGGUGAAGCCUACCGUCGAGAUGUCUGCUGUCAGCGACUCUGCCGACCCCACCUCUUUCAACUUCUCCUACGCCGGGUUCUUCGCCCCCGACAACACACCUCGAUUUAGCGCACCUCAAACCCAGGUCGGAAACGAGGCUGUUGGGGGGAACGAGAACGUUGGCUGGGGCAUGUGUGGUACGGAGGAGAUGGAGAUGAGCGAUGCUGGUUCUUGGGGAGCUAUCGAGUCUCCUUUCAACGCCACGCCCUUCGGUGACUCAUUUACCCCGGUUGCGGAUGAGGCUGCCGACUGCGGUAUGCGGGGAUUGUGGGACUGA